AUGAACACAGAGGAACGAGCCUCAAACGCAAACGGUCAUAAGCUUAUCGAAAGUGUUUACCUGGCAAUAAGGCUAGCGUUAGACGACGCAGCUUUUUCGGCGAGAGAGGUUUUUGUGAAUGAUUCCGAGCUGAGUUCCGCACUCGAAACGCUCCGAGUAGCUCGGACUCAACUUGGUUGUCAUGGUGAAUACUCCGCUUUGGAGGAUGUUCCGACUUGGAGACUACAGAGUUUUAUUCUUUUUCCCUUUUACAUCGCAAUUCUUGCGGAUAAGUUGCUUGAAAGAAAAGGUUUCGGUGAGCUUUCAGAACGAAACACUUAUGCAGAGAGAAGAGGCGCCUGCGCCGAAGUUCGGCAGCUGUACCAGCAAUACCUGAAGCUGGUGCAGGGCUGCCUGUGGCUAGGGCCGUUUGGUCUGGAUAGCCCAUUUCUGGAGUCAAUCCGUAAUUUAACUUCAGAAGAACUCGGGGCGGAAUUGCCAAUGGGCGUGCGGGAAGCAAAAAUCAACUUCACGAGGAAUCUGCGGAGACUGUGCGAUCUUGUUCGCAAUUUUUCGAAACGGAUAUGUAUGAAAGGUAGCAUGCACGAAAAAACAGCUUUUGAAGCGCUUCCGUUCCCUUUACUGCCUACGGACGUGCAUUCGGAUACUGAAGAGGAACAGCGAAACCUUGUUCUGCGCUUUAUAGCGGUUGCAGCUGAGUGGGCUUUUAUCCGCGGGUAUGAACUCGGUCGCGAGAUGUCAGCUCUCGAGGCCCUGGCUUCUCAGUACGAGCAAUCCGUCAAAGAGGUAAGGGCAGACGAAAAGCAUGCUUGUGAUGCGGAGACGCUAGGUCGAAGAAAGCCGAAAAUUGUAUAUAUAGACAACCAUUGCUCGCGAACGAGGUACUUUGAGAACGCGCAUGCGUUUCGACGAUUUCUGCAGGGGCGCACGAUUACUUCAGAGGAGCCACCUACAAAGCUUCCUUUCGGUGACUGCUGCCUUGCUCACAUACAUCGUGAUGAGCAUAAUUCGCAACCUGAGCCGCAAAAGAAGCCACUGGAGACGGAUUUGAAUGAUACACAUGGCGCCCGGGAUACGCAGCUUGAGGACCAGAUUAUAGCUGCAAAGCGGAAAUGGGAUCUUUUCAAAGACGACCAUCGCCGCGGGGAAGGCAAUCGGUAUCGAAGGGGGUAG